GUCUAUAGGCAAGAGAAGGGGUUUACAGAGUUCAACCAAUCAUAUAACGUCGGGAUCAGGUUGCCAGGCAGGUUAUGCUAAUGAGACCCCGCCUUUUAUGCUGCUCCCACUCUGCGGCGGGAAGAACCACCUGGAGGUGGCGGGGGGGUUUGAUUUCCAUCACCCCUAGGGAGAGAGGAUCGGGGACCCGCUGAUCUUCCAGCCCCCCUCACCCAACGUCGUGCCCAUGGCAGAGAUGUCCCUUUUCCUUUCAUGAACACACUCGUGAUAAACAGAUGACUCUCCACCCUGUGCUGCUCUAGGUGCCCAGGACGUGGGGCUGUCCAGGAGGGAAAGGAUGGACUCCAAAGAUGACAGCUCACACGUGUGGCCUACAUCUGAAGAGCAUGAAGAGAGUGCUACACAGGUGCACUUUGUUCCUGACGCUGGGACUGUGGCUCAGAUCGUCUACACUGAUGACCAGGUUCGCCCGCCCCAGCAGGUGGUGUACACGGCAGAUGGUGCCUCCUACACUUCCGUCGAUGGCCCGGAGCACACGCUGGUGUACAUCCAUCCUGUGGAAGCUGCGCAGACUCUGUUUACAGACCCAGGCCAGGUAGCUUAUGUCCAACAGGAUGCUACAGCCCAGCAGGCCUCGUUGCCGGUGCAUAACCAGGUGUUACCUUCCAUUGAGAGUGUGGAUGGCUCCGACCCCUUGGCCACCCUGCAGAACCCUAUGGAUAGACUGGAUGCCAAAGAGGAAGAGGAAGAGGAUGAGGAUGAGGAGACUGAAGAAGAGGAGGAGGAGGAGGGCGAAGACACGGACCUGGAGGACUGGGAGCCAGACCCACCACGGCCCUUUGACCCACAUGACUUGUGGUGUGAAGAGUGUAACAAUGCACAUUCCUCAGUGUGCCCAAAGCAUGGCCCCUUGCAUCCGAUCCCCAACCGGCCUGUGCUCACCAGAGCGCGAGCAAGCCUGCCCCUGGUCCUCUACAUCGACAGGUUCCUUGGAGGAGUGUUCUCCAAAAGGCGUAUUCCCAAGCGCACCCAGUUUGGCCCUGUGGAGGGGCCCCUCGUCAGGGGGUCCGAGCUGAAGGACUGUUAUAUCCAUCUAAAGGUUUCUCUUGAUAAAGGGGACAGAAAAGACAGGGACUUGCAUGAAGACCUCUGGUUUGAGUUGUCUGAUGAGACCCUUUGUAACUGGAUGAUGUUUGUACGUCCAGCGCAGAAUCACCUGGAACAGAACCUGGUGGCUUACCAGUAUGGCCACCAUGUGUAUUACACAACAAUAAAGAACGUAGAACCCAAGCAGGAACUUAAGGUGUGGUAUGCUGCAUCCUACGCUGAGUUUGUGAACCAGAAAAUUCAUGACAUUUCUGAGGAAGAAAGGAAAGUUCUUCGAGAGCAAGAGAAGAAUUGGCCCUGCUAUGAAUGUAACCGCCGGUUUAUAAGCUCGGAGCAGUUGCAACAGCAUCUCAAUUCUCAUGAUGAGAAACUAGAUGUGUUUAGCAGAACGAGAGGCAGAGGAAGGGGACGAGGCAAGAGGCGAUUUGGCCCGGGUCGACGGCCAGGGCGUCCUCCAAAAUUUAUCCGCUUGGAAAUAGCCAGCGAAAAUGGGGAAAAGUGUGAUGACGGGACGCAGGACUUGCUGCAUUUUUCCACCAAGGAGCAGUUUGAUGAGGCUGAGCCAGCUACUCUGAAUGGGCUGGAUCAGCCAGAGCAGACCACUCUCCCAAUCCCUCAGCUGCCACAGGAAACCCAGUCUGCUCUGGAGCAUGAGCCGGAGACUCACAGCUUACAUCUGCAGCCUCAGCACGAGGAGAGUGUGCUGCCCACCCAGAGCACCCUGACGGCUGACGACAUGCGCAGGGCCAAACGUAUCCGGAAUGCAGCUCUUCAGCAUCUGUUUAUUCGGAAGUCCUUCCGGCCCUUUAAAUGUUUGCAGUGUGGAAAGGCCUUCCGUGAAAAGGACAAACUGGACCAGCACUUGCGCUUCCACGGGCGGGAGGGGAACUGCCCGUUGACCUGUGAUCUCUGCAACAAGGGCUUCAUCAGCAGCACGUCCUUAGAGAGUCACAUGAAGCUCCAUUCAGACCAGAAGACUUACUCUUGCAUUUUUUGCCCAGAAUCCUUUGACCGCCUUGAUUUGUUGAAAGAUCACGUGGCCAUUCAUAUUAAUGAUGGCUACUUUACCUGCCCAACUUGUAAGAAACGGUUCCCAGAUUUUAUCCAGGUGAAAAAACACGUGCGAAGCUUCCACUCAGAAAAGAUCUACCAGUGUACAGAGUGCGACAAGGCCUUCUGUCGUCCAGACAAACUGCGACUCCAUAUGCUUCGACAUUCAGACCGCAAAGAUUUCCUGUGCUCUACAUGUGGGAAACAGUUUAAACGGAAAGACAAACUACGGGAGCAUAUGCAGAGGAUGCAUAACCCUGAGAGGGAGGCCAAGAAAGCUGACCGUGUUGGCCGAUCCAAGACGUUCAAGCCUCGUAUCACCUCCACCGACUACGACAGCUUCACGUUCAAGUGCCGUCUGUGCAUGAUGGGCUUCCGGAGGCGAGGCAUGCUGGUAAAUCACUUAUCAAAGAGGCACCCAGACAUGAAGAUAGAAGAGGUGCCAGAGCUAACUCUACCCAUCAUAAAACCCAACCGGGAUUACUUCUGUCAGUACUGUGAUAAGGUUUAUAAAAGUGCCAGCAAGCGAAAAGCUCAUAUUCUGAAGAACCAUCCUGGAGCUGAGCUCCCACCCAGCAUUCGGAAACUCCGCCCUGCAGGCCCUGGGGAACCAGACCCCAUGCUGAGCACCCACACCCAGCUCACAGGCACAAUAGCCACCCCUCCCGUCUGCUGUCCUCACUGCUCCAAACAGUACAGCAGCAAGACCAAGAUGGUACAACACAUUCGAAAGAAGCACCCAGAGUUUGCUCAGCUCCCUAACACCUUACACACACCCCUGACAACAGCUGUGAUCAGCGCUACUUCAGCGGUUCUAACUACAGACAGUGCUACUGGGGAGACGGUGGUGACAACGGACCUGCUCACCCAAGCCAUGACAGAACUGUCCCAGACCUUAACAACAGAUUACCGCACACCACAAGGGGACUACCAGAGAAUCCAGUAUAUUCCUGUGUCACAGUCCACAUCUGGUCUUCAGCAACCUCAGCACAUACAGCUUCAAGUGGUACAAGUGGCUCCGGCCACUUCCCCCCAUCAGUCUCAGCAGUCCACGGUGGAUGUCGGCCAGCUCCACGACCCUCAGACCUACACCCAGCACGCCAUCCAGGUGCAGCACAUCCAGGUCACUGAGCCCACUGCCUCCGCCCCGGCUUCCCAGGUAUCUGGGCAGCCACUGAGUCCCUCCUCCCAGCAGUCUCCGCAGGGGCUCAGCCCCUCGCACAUACAGGGCAGCACCUCUGCUCAGGGCCAGGCUCUCCAGCAGCAGUCCCAGGGUUCCUCUGUCCAACACACGUACCUGCCCAACACCUGGAAUUCCUUCCGUGGCUAUUCAUCUGAGAUUCAAAUGAUGACGCUUCCCCCAGGUCAGUUCGUGAUUACAGACAGUGUUGUGGCGGCACCUGUCACCACCGGCCAAGUGAAGGCGGUUGCUCCGGGUCACUAUGUGUUAUCAGAAAGUCAACCAGAAUUGGAGGAAAAACAAGCUUCUGCCCUCUCUGGGGGAGUCCAGGUUCAGCCAACCACACCCAGUGACUUGGACCCCCAGACCACCAGCCAACAGCAGCCCACACAGUACAUCAUCACCACCACCACCAACGGGACCGGGAGCAGCGAGGUGCAUAUCACUAAACCUUAAAAUCCAUCUUUGAGCUAGAAUCAAGCAUCACAACAUGUCCUUCCUCGUUCAUAAGUCUGAAAGCCUCUGACACGAGGAACUCUUUUUUAAGAUUUAUCAUUCACUCAAGAGUUUGGAAACCAUGGUUUUGACACUCAGACAUACACUGGGACUUAUUUUAUCAGUGUCGUCUUUACCAAAUUGACUCUUCAAACCCUAGGAGUUUCUGCCACAGAAUGGAGAUCUUUCAGAGGAGUACAGAUUUCAAGAUGGAGAAACUUUGCUUAGCUCUUGAGUUGGUUUUUUAACACAUUGAUAAGCCUUACUUUUCCUUUGUGGAAAUAUUAAGUGGUGUAUUGUGUUUGUACCAAAGGUGAAGAAAAGAUGUGCCACGUCCAUGGCCACUGGACUGCUUCAUUCCAAGCCAUGGCACCAAAGGAGCAGGAGCAUUUUCUGGACAUGUAUUAGGUCAGAACUGCUUCAUCUUGUGAGUUUGUGCUUUCAGUAAUUUAAUGAAGGAAGCCAACUGCGUAUGAAAAUAAAAAUGAUGGAAGAAAGGUUUGACAGUAAUGCACUGAAGGAAAAACUGUCAUUGAAAUGUUUAAUGCUGAUUUAAAAAGAAAAACUUGCCUUUUUGGGAAAAACUGUUGCUAGGCUAUGGUUAUCAGUGGAUGCUGGCCCUCAACAGAUUAGGCUAGAACUUCACGUUCGGAUAGAUUUUACUUUAUUACUCCACAGUGGUAGGCUCCAUGUAAGAGAAAGGGUUGCUUGAGGUCAGCAAAACUUAAGUUCUUACAUUAAAGUUUGCCUCCCAUUUUCUGGUUGUGGUUGUAUCAAGAAGGAGGUAUUGGAGAUAUCGGUACCAAGAAAAAUUACUGAAACAAUUAUAUAUCUAUAUCUAUAUAUGGAUAUAGAUAUAUAAAAUGAAAAGCACUGAAACCUUGUCCUGCCUUGCAGGAUCUGUCAAACAUUCAUCAGUAAAGGAUGGGUUCCUUGCUCUUACCAGGUGUACAUCUAGCUCUCACUCACAGCGUUCGGUGUAUUUUAGUACUUAUCAUGCUGUCUUAAAAUGAACAUUCUUUAAGGUUGGAUGGAAAGGUGGCCCUUCUGAUUUCUUAACACUUUUAACUUUAAACAUAUUGCAAUUCAUGUGGACCUUUUGGUAAGAUGUGCACCUUUACACUUAGCGGAAAAAAUGUGGGGACCAUUUAUAAUACAUAGGGUAAUUAUAAGGGAUCUAGAGGAAAUCCAAUCUUUAUGAAUAUUACACUGUUAGUUGGGAGAGGGAAAAAAAAUCUGCCUCAAUGAGAGUUUUUCUUAUAUGUGUUCCUGUUUGGAGUCUUGUUAACUAUGAGUUCAGUGGGGAAAAAUAUUUCCCUUUUUUUUUACUGUGCAUUCCAAUUUUAUGCAUAAGACACUGCAGAAGCCAGUCUGUAUUAACAACCUUUUGUGACAUACUGACACAUUUUUAGAGUAAUAAUUGUGCAGAAUUUAUCACUCCAGAAGAGAAAGACCUAAUUUCAACUGCAAAUGAAGCGAACUGAUUUAUUUUAUUUACAUUUAUGGGUAAAGACUUGUUCAAUAAACUAAUAAGUAGAGUAGCUUCUUUAUGGUAAAAAUACCUUUCUGAAAAGCAAGCAAUUCUGUUGAAAUAAUUUUACUAAUAUGUAGAUUUUGCACUUUAUUUUUGAAACCUCAUUCAUUUAGCUGUUCCUGAAAAUUUGUACACUAAGAGAACUUGUGAAAGUUACUUGGUAAAUGUGUAUAAACUGAAAGUGGACUCUAUAUCUUUGGUGAACGAAGAGGUAAUGUCAACGGUUUCAAUAGAACAUACUGACUCUGAGUCACAAAAUAGAGACUCUGUGUCCCAAAGUCGCCCAGUGUAAUGCUUGUAAAUAUCCUAGUGUCCAGUCUAGAAAGACGAGCUAGGUGAAGAAUAGUAGACUUUCCUAAAGGUCCACUUUAAUUUUUAUACCUUCAACUUGGCCCUGUUGGGUCCUUUUUAAGUUGAACUGGCAAGGUACCUCCCCUCUCCUCAGGAAUAACUUGCUGAUUAAAGUAGAAAACAAUCACUGAAUGGAAUGUUCAUUUUAUGCCAGUUAUUUCAAGUUUUAAAAUGCACAGAAGAAAAUAUUGCGGAAGGACCUCUUUGUCUCUUUCCCAUUAAAAGAAAAGUUUUUGUCCUUUUAUGGAAUAAGUAAAGACUAUAAAACUAAUUUGUAUAUUAUCAGGCAAAGACUCAGGUGCCAGUCAAGCCAAAAAACAGUGCUUUGGGCAUUCUGCACAUUCAUUUGAAGGUAACAGAUUUUCAAGUUGGACUUGGAUUAGAAGAGAUGGCAGAGUAUAAGUUAUCUGAAGACCCAAUUUGGAAAAAAAUGUAUGUAGCCAAUGUUUAUAUCGCAGUACCUCUUAAAAUACAUUGGCACUGUAGACUUCAAUCAGUGCAAUGUGAAAAUUUUGGAGGUUACAUACAGUUUUUUAUUGUUUGACUUGUGCUCACAUAAAUAAAUAUUACAUCAUGUAAAAUUCCUGUUACUCUGGAAAAAAACUAUUUUGAUCUUCUUGAAUUGUUUUCUGAUUUGGAAUUAUCCUUUCAAAAAACUUUUAAGAUGUCUAGGGCUAAAAAGCACUUCAUGCAAUGCUGAAGCCAACCCACAGGUUAAAAAUGUUGACCCUAUCUUGUUAUUUAAAUGUGAACAUUUAUUGUACAUUCAGUGAGUUAUAGUGUUAAUAGUCUUGUGCUAUUCAACAGGUGUAAAAAUUAAUAAAUAUUUUUUUUAAAUAAA